UUUGACAAAUUAUGUCAACAAAAAUAACCACACAUGCGGUGGCCUUGCAUGUUGGCAGGAAAGCUACCAUGUACUUGGUAGGGUAUUUAUUUCACGUCUGAUUUCCAGAAGGGCUCGGGAUUUUAGAUUGAAGAAUGAAGUAAUACAGUAUAUCUACAGCUAUCAACCUGAGUUUAUGCCAUCUUUUAAUGCAGAGCUGGAAAAAUGUCUGAUGACGAAUCUGAGGAUUGGAGCCUCCCAGUAGAAGGAGAGGCUGGCAGUGGAGGGGGAAACACUGCAUUCUCUUGCAGCAGUAGCAAGCCCAGUUGUUCUGGAUCCCUUAGUAUUUGCCCAGAUAAUCAUGCAAGGACUAUCAUUCACAUCGACAUUGACUGUUUUUAUGCACAGGUUGAAAUGUUAAGGAAUCCAGAGCUAAGAACAAAACCUUUGGGCAUUCAACAGAAGAACAUAGUGGUUACGUGUAACUAUGUAGCACGUGAACGUGGUAUAUCCAAACUGAGUUAUGUUAAAGAUGCUGAGAAGAAGUGUCCAGAUAUUGUUCUUGUCAACGGGGAGGAUCUGACACACUACAGAGAAAUGUCAUAUAAAAUAACAAAUUUUCUGUUGAAGUACACACCUAAAGUGGAACGACUUGGUUUUGAUGAGAACUUCUUGGAUGUCAGUGAUAUGGUGAGAAUGAGAUUAAAUGACCCAAAUAUCAAAGAAGAAGUAGAAGGCCACAUUUAUGGCCAAGGGCAAAAAGACAGUGCUGAUAGCUGUACAUGUGGUUGCCACGCUCGCCUGACAGUUGGUACCCAGAUUGCAGCAGAUAUCCGCAGUGCUUUGCAAGAAGAGCUUGGCAUCUCAUGUUGUGCUGGAAUAGCUUCAAAUAAACUACUGUCCAAACUUGUGGCUGGUACUCAUAAGCCUAACCAGCAAACUGUGCUUUUUCCUGAGCACACAUUUGAGUUAAUGCUCAGUCUUGAGGCUGUCAGAGCAAUCCCAGGUAUUGGUCACUCUACCGCAAAGAGACUUGCAUCUCUGGGAAUCCAAACUAUAUCACAGCUUCAAGAAGUAGACCAGUCUGUGUUGACAGGGGAAUUUGGAAACAGCAUGGCUCAAACGAUGAAACUUUUGUCUUGUGGAAAUGACCAGUCCCCUGUUGUUACAACAGGACAGGCUCAAUCCAUCAGCGAUGAAGAUUCCUUCAGAAAAUGCCAGGAUGUGGAGGAUGUAAAGAAUAGAAUUGGUGGACUCUUAGACAACUUAUUAAAAAGACUAGAGGAAGAUGGAAGACUACCUGGAAUAAUACGAUUAACCCUCAGAAAAUUAGAUAAAGAAGGGCAGUGGUCUAAGAGAGAAAGUAGACAAUGCAGAGUUCCUAGUCAUGUUUUCGCAUUAGAUAAUUCUGAAAGGAAGAAGGACAGACUGUUGCAGAUUGCCAUGGAAUUAUUCCACAAGAUCAUAGACACAAAAAAACCAUUCCACCUAACUUUGCUCAACCUUGGUUUUACCAAAUUUGAUGCAACACCAACAUAUGCCAGUACAAUAAAUGCAUAUUUUUCCACUAGUGCUGCACAUACCAGUUCUACAGGAACAAUAGCAAACUUAAAGGAAAGACAAAAGCAGACUUUUGAUGAGCGGUCACAGCAGCCUCAUAACCCUCCAUUAAGUCGGUCAUUUCACAGUCCACCUGGUAAAGAAAGCAAAAUGUGUAGUAAAUCAAAUACUGGGAGUUCAAUUUUAAGAUGGACAGAAAGAAAGGAAAAAAGAACUGAAAUGCCAAGUCGUCACCAUGAUGUUGACACAAAGAGAUUGAAAUUGGAUGUGCCAGGUACAGAGGUUUCUUUUCCUGAUCACAUUGAUAGGUCUGUAUUUGAUGCUUUACCUCCAGAACUGAAACAAGAAGUGUUAGCCAAUGCAGAUUUGUUAAAAGCCCAAAUUCUUGAUUCCAGCCUUAAGGCCAGUGUCCAUAAUGCCACGGACACAACCCAAUAUUGUGAUAGCAGUAAUGGAAAGGCUGGAAACAUGUUACCAGGCACAAAGACUGAAGUUGAAUCAGCAAGCACAGAUACAUGCAGGGAAAAAGACUUGACUGUUGGUGCUGAGAAUGAGGACAAUAAUACAUUACAUUUCAAUAGUGGCACAUUUGAUACAACAGACAAAACAUUUAACAUCAUGGUCCCUCCUGACAUUGACAAAUCUGUUUUCACACAGCUGCCUCCAGAUAUUCAGAAGGACUUGUUAACCCAGUGGAAUCAGAAAAUAUCCACAAAUUCUCAUGUUAAACAGAAAUCCAAAACAACUAAGUCACCUUCACUGCUGAAAUAUUUCAAAAAACUCUAAAUCGCUGCAUGUUAUGAUCUUAAUAUCAUAUGUAAAUACAUUAAUUACUGUUAAUAA